CAUGCACACAUGCACGUACUACACGGGUUGAUUCUGACACACUAGUGACUUCUGCCGAAGCAAGAAGAGCUAAUUCAUACCUUCAGGACAGGCCAGCGAGAUUUCUUUCCCGAAAAUGCCUGACAAGUUAAUCUUCUUCUGCAAUGGUAAAAAGAUCAUCGAAAAAGAUGCAGACCCAGAUACUACUCUAGAUGUCUAUCUUCGAACAAAGUUAAAGCUACAUGGAACGAAGCAAGCGUGUGGUGUAGGGGCAUGCGGGGCAUGUACUGUCAUGCUUUCAUAUGUCCAUCCUCAGACGAAAGCUAUACGCCAUGAAGCAGUUGUCUCCUGCCUGACGCCCAUCUGUCUCCUUCACGGCAAAGCAAUCACUACUGUAGAGGGUAUUGGAAGCACUAGAGAUAGGCUUCAUGUAGUUCAGGAGCGUCUUGCCAAGAGCCAUGGUUCUCAGUGUGGUUUCUGCAGUCCUGGGAUGGUCAUGUCCAUGUACACCCUGCUACGUAACAAUCCCAAGCCACACGUCAAGGAUAUCCUCAGGCACCUGGAAGGCAACCUGUGUCGCUGCACCGGAUAUAGACCUAUCCUUGAUGGAUUUAAGUCCUUCUGCGGGAAGGAGGAUUGCUGCCAGCGAACAGGUAGCUCAUGUCAGUCAGAGCCGGAUUAUCAGCCUAUGAGUAUGGUGAAUGAUGAAGAUUGGAAACCUUAUGAUCCUUCUCAAGAACCAAUAUUUCCUCCUGAACUUCUAACCAAUGCUGAAGAAUACAAUCAGACAGUGAUCUUUCGGAGGGGUCAAUCCACAUGGGUCGUGACGUCAACAUUGGAAGAACUGCUUCAACUCUUAGCGGACAACUCACAGGCGCAGCUCACCAUGGGGAGCACCAUUAUGAGUACGCUCAAGUACGAAGGAGAUCACUUCCCUCUUCUUGUCUCACCUGGAAGAGGAGUCACAGAACUGACCCAGGUCACAACCUCUGACACAGGGGUCACCUUUGGGUCAGGGGUCAGCGUGUCUCAUUUUGAAGAGCAUCUCAGGGGGAUGGUAGAGAGGUUGCCGGAGCACCAGACUCGGUCUGCCAGAGCUAUAACUGACAUGCUUGGUCAGUGGGCAGGGCAACAGAUUCGCAACAUGGCUAGUAUUGGUGGGAGUAUAGCAGGUGCAAGUGGGAUGUUGGAUCUGUGUAUCAUCCUCAUGGCAACCAAGACAACCAUCACUCUUGUAAAAGCUGGAGGAGCCAGAAGAACCCUUCCUCUGGACAAGGAUUUCUACCCAGAGCCCAACAAGUCAGUCCUGGCCAGAGAUGAGAUUAUUGAAUCAUUACAUAUACCUUUCACAGGACAGAAUGAUUACUUCUUUUCUCAUAAAGUGGCCGAGCGUCGUGACAACUCUCGUGCAUCAAUCAGCUGUGGGUUCAGGGUGACCUUUGAACCCGAAGGUCAAAAGGUCGAGGAUCUUUGUCUGGUGUUUGGUGCUAUUGAUGACAAUCCGUUUGUAGCUCAAAAGACAUGCAAUAGUCUGAUCGGACAACCAUGGAACCAAAGUUUUCUGCAGGAUGCGAUCCAGUCGGUUACCAUGGAGAUUACACCAAUACCUCAUCCUCAUGAGAUUUCAGCAGAGUACAGGAAGAGUGGUAUGGUGACAUGUCUUCUCAGGUUCUAUGUUCAAGUCUCCCAACGCAUCGACAACAAGCAGGCCUUGACUGGUCCUUUCACCCAUGGUCAGUUAUCAGAUCCUAGCAUACCUGCAUCCUACAAUGGGGAAGGCCCAGUCAGUACACAGAUCUAUCAGCCCCCGCCCAUAGACCAGCCGGAUGCUGAUCCCCUAGGUAGACCCAUUGUCCAUCGGGCAGCUCUUCAGCAGUGUUCUGGGGAGGCGGUCUUCUGUGAUGAUAUACCCGUACAAGAAGGUGAGCUGUACAUGGCUUUGGUUGUCAGUUCAAGAGCCCAUGCAAAGAUUGUCUGUGUGGAUGCAAGCAAGGCCCUUGCUCUAGAAGGGGUAGAAGCGUACGUGAGCCACAAAGAUAUUCCAGGAGAUAAGUGUAUCGUUGAAGGGUAUGAAGUCUUCGCAACAGAGGAGGUCCACUGUGUUGGUCAGUGCAUCGGUGCCAUUGUAGCUACCUCACACCGUCUCGCCAACAAGGCUGCCAAGCUGGUUGAAGUCCAGUAUGAAGACCUACAGCCGGUCAUCUUGACCAUUCAGGAUGCGAUCAAAGAAGAUGCCAUCUUCCGCGGACCCGACAUCGACUCUGAGUUCCACCAUGGUGACCUGGAGGGGAGCUUCCAGCAGUCUGAGGGGAUCCUGGAAGGCACCUUUGAUGUGGGAGGCCAGGAGCACUUCUACAUGGAGACUCAGAUGUGUGUUGUGAGACCCGGUGAAGACGAUGAAAUGACCAUCCAUGCCUCUGCCCAAGCUAUUACAAACGUGCAGAAUGCUGUUGCGAGAGUUCUUGGUGUCCCUCGUAAUCGCAUCGCUGUUCAGGCCAAGAGGAUCGGGGGGGCCUUUGGAGGAAAAGAAGAGUUCCUCACCCACAAUGCUGCAUGUGCUGUAGCUGCCAAAAUGUUGGGCCGAUCCGUGCGCAUCCGAUUAGACCGCUCCACAGACAUGCUGAUGUCAGGUGGACGCCAUCCAUUCCACGCAAAGUAUCGCGUCGGUUACCGUAGCGAUGGCCGUAUCCUGGCUCUGGAUGCAGAUCUCUAUGCUAAUGGAGGCUAUCGUAAUGAGUCUACUACUUGGGUUGUGCGCCAAAGUAUGCUUGUAUUUGAGGGUUUUUACAGCUUCCCUGGUUUCCGAGUGAAAGGCCACUGCUGUCGAACAAACAUGCCGUCUAACACAGCUAUGAGGGGCUUUGGUGCCCCACAGUCAUUGGCUAUCAUGGAGCAGAUCUUGUCAGAAGUAGCGAUUGCGACGGGUGUCUCGUCGAGGAAGGUGCAAGAGCUCAACUUCAAACCUGAUGGAGCGUUGAUGAUAGAGGGCGCGAAUCCCAUGGAAAUGGACAUCUUUAAGGAAUGCUGGGAUAGGUGUCUCCAACUGAGUGACUAUGAGAAAAGACUGAAUGCAGUGGAGCAGUUCAAUAGGGUGAAUACUUGGAAGAAGCGCGGUCUUUCCAUCGUCCCCACCAAACAUGGAAUCGGAAUAUUUGGUCUUAUGAGCCUCAAUCAGGGAGCAGCCCUGGUUCACAUUUACACCGACGGAUCGGUCUUGGUCAACCAUGCCGGCAUUGAGAUGGGGCAGGGCCUCUACACUAAACUUAUCCAGGUUGCAAGCAGAGCGCUAGAUGUACCUGUGAGUAAGAUUCAUACCAGUCCUACAGCUGUGGAUAAGGUGCCUAAUACAACAGUAACAGGUGGAAGCACUGGCACCGAUUUACAUGGUACUGCUGUUAAGAUAGCCUGCGAUAUCUUAAAGGAGCGCCUUGAGCCAUACCAAACAGCCAACCCUAAAGGUACAUGGGAAGAUUGGGUCAGUGCAGCCUAUAAUGAUCGAGUUAGCCUGUCCACUACAGGCUUUUACAAGAGGCCUUUCUCACCCUUUGACUGGAGUACCCUGACCGGUAACCCAUACUUCUACUUCACCAUGGGGGCCGGUGUGUCGGAGGUGGAGAUUGACUGCCUCACCGGAGAGCAUCAGUUACUACGAACCGAUAUCGUCAUGGACGUUGGCAAAAGCAUCAACCCAGCCAUAGACAUAGGCCAGAUUGAAGGAGGCUUCCUCCAGGGCUAUGGCUACUUCACCAUGGAGGAGAAAAGAUUCAACCAAGAGGGCGCCCUAACCACCGACAGCCCUGACUCCUACAAGAUCCCAUCAGCUAAGGACAUUCCAAAGGAGUUCAACGUGACCCUCCUGAGAAACAUGCGCACCCCUGAAGAUCAUCUCUACUCCUCUAAGGGUAUCGGAGAACCGCCGUUCUUCAUUGGGGCUUCUGUAUUUUUUGCCAUCAAGCACGCCCUCACGAGUUCUCGCUCUGACAAUGGCUUGGGUGGUGUCUUCAAGUUCAACGCACCAGCCACUGUCCAGAAUGUACGCAUGACAUGCGGUGAUCUGAAGACGGAAGAAUAAUUUGUGGUGGAGGGAGGAUAUGUGAAAUUACUUUUGUAAUGCAAGUUUAAGUAGAGCUUGUGAUACAUGUUGGCAGAAAUACCUUGGACAGGUUUGAAUGUGGAAUAAAAGGUGGUGUGUGAUUGAUGUAUGCACUAUAGGGAACCUACUACCAUUAUUAUAGCAUUACUUUCCUUAUUAUAAAGGCAAGGUAACCUUAAAAGUCAUUUUUAUUUUCCUUAUUCCAUGUAGAAAAUAUGAAAUGUGACAGUCAUGUAAAAUGUACCGUUCUUGAAAUGAUGUUACACUUCCAUUCAAGUAAUGACAAAGAUUGCUUUCUAUUUCCACAAUCUUAGUGUUUGCAUAAUUUUGCUUGCAUUAUUCUGUCUAAAAUGUCUUCCCAAUUCAAAGUCAGCUUAUGUCAAUAUACUCGGUACUUAUUCAUAUGCAGUAUAUAUGUAUUAAAGUUCAGAAUAUUAUUUCUAAAAAUAUUAAUGGGGUAAAUGCAAUCAUGAAGUGAUUACUGGUGCUUUUUUCUUUCGUCAAACUUUUAGGUUUGGGCAUCAGCUGCUUCUUCUGCAGCUUGAUUGUAAAGAAACAAGAUGAAGUUUAUGUAAUCACAGGCUACCAAUAAUAUGGAAAUAUAAUUUUUUUUUGAAGAACUUUUAAAGAAGAAUUGCUCAUUCAAUGACAAUUGGUGUGGGGCUUCGCAUCUUAUUUUACAUAUUUUUUUCUUUCUUGUUGAUGAAAAGUAAUUUAUGUUGUAUUACUGCUGUUUUUCUUUGUUUGGGGGAGAGGGGGGGGGGGGUGUUGUUUUGUGUGUUUUUUUUUUUAAUUUCUUUUUUGAGGUGACAUGAUUUCACAAAAUUUAUCCUAAUUAUGUUAUAAUUAAGUAAUUUAUCUUCUUAUUUUUCUUUUUUUUAAAGUUUACUGGAUUUUAGAAUAUGAGGAUUCAUGACCACUUCACAGAGUGAACCUUGACAAACUGUUUUGAAUAAAUCGCUGAAUUAAUGAAAAAGACUAAGCAAAUCUGUUUGCAACCGUCCUUGCAGUGUGUAAUGUACAACUUACAUUAUGUUGGUGAAUAUACAAACUACAUGCUGCAUGUAUAUUGACUAUACCUAACUGAUCAUUUCUGCAUAUCUUCAGUGGAUUUCUAUGUGUGAAACACAUUGGACAUUGUAGAUGUUCUUGAAAUGUAAACAGAAUAGGAAAUGAGAGCAUUGUGUAAAAGUAAGAAUGCAGGACUGUAUUGAAAUAUAACUGGUAUAUAUAAUAUAGUGAUAAAAUGUGCUAUUAUUAGUAAUAUUAUUAUCAUUUUUAUUUUUAAUAUAAUUGAUAUUAGUGCUAACUGGCACUGCCUGUAAGAAAAUAAUUUCUGCUAUUUGUACUUAAUCUUUGUCAUUAUGAUCUCAUUGCUUUAAUUAUUACAUGGUAUUACCUAUUUUGUUUCCUGUAAUUUUGAAGUUUGCUUUUACUAUUGUACAAAUCCUGUAAUUCGGCUUUCGAGCCCCGAUUGAUUUUUAUUUCACUAAACCAUUACUACUACAUCACUAUUAUUAAUAUCAGUAUUAUUAUUAUCGUUAUUAUUGUUAUCAUUGUUAUUAUCCAAAUUCCAAGUCAUACAAGAUAUAGUUUUACUUUUUCAACCAUAUUUGCAGUAAUUUGAUAGUAUAUUUUGGUAAUUGCCAAGUGCCAAAUUCUUUCAAGAGACUCAGAUAUAGGACCUAUUUUUAAGAAUGUUGCCAAGUUUUCAAGGUCCAAUAUCAGAGGCAAAAUUGUCAGUGACAAAUUAUUUUUCUUCUAAUAUUGUAACCUCUGUUAUUCUUACUAUUACAAAUAUGUACAGUACCUAUGGAAAAUAAAAAAAAUUGCUGCUGCUUUGAAAUAUAAAAUGUAAUGCAUGAAUUAAGACAAGUUGAAUGGAUUUAUGGUAAUGUAUCUUAAUUUGCAGAGAAUAUAUCACAUGCAAAAUACUAAGACAUAUUGUAUAGAUUUAUCUUAAUGUAUUUUAAUUUGCAGAGACUAUAUCAAAAUUAGAUUUUGCUGUGACAUAUAUAUGUGUUUCAUUAUUAAGAUGCUGAUAAUGAUGAUGUAAACGUUAUCUGGAAGUAACAUCAAUAAAGGGUAUACUGAUACAUUUUGAAU